AAACGCACUUUCCUUGAUAUCUAUUGUUUUGUACAGUUUUCAAGAAAUCAAAUAUUAUUCGAAGAAAAUUAUAUUGUACAUCAAACGCUCAAAUGGACGUUGACCUUUGCUUCGUUAUGGACUGCACCGGUUCUAUGGGAAGCUACAUUGAAGGUGUCAAGAAUUCUAUCAAAAAAGUGGUAGAUUACAUGGCAAAUAUGGAACCAGCAAUUAGAAUUCGGAUCGGUUUCUGUGGCUACCGUGAUCAUUGUGAUGGCUCAAAUCGCUUGCAGAUUUUUGACUUCACCAAUUCUCCCGAAAAUUUCAAAAAUAGCUUAUCGGGUGUUUCAGCUUCAGGCGGUGGAGAUACUCCAGAAGAUGUCUUAGGCGGUCUUGACGCAGCCGUAUCUAGAAUGACAUGGAGAAAUGAUAUUCGCGUCCUUUUACAUAUCGGUGACUGUCCGCCACAUGGCCGUCGUUUCACUUAUACAGAUGAUAAUUAUCCGGAUGGAGACCCAAAUGGUCUAACUGCAGAAGGUGUACUAGGAGAAAUGCAGUCGGCAAAAAUUUCUUACUUUUUCGGGGAGAUUACGGGAUUAACCAAAACGAUGAUUAGUGAAUUUAAAAACAUAAUUGGAGAGUUUAAUGUGUUUGAUUUCAGGAGCACUCCAGACACGGAGGGAUUAGUAGAAAAAUUUUUUGAUGCUACUUGUUCGGCUAUCAAUACUGCUAUCACAUUAAGAGAAUAAUAGUGUUUGUUUUACCAAUAAUUCAAAUUUUUUAUACAAAGUUUAAUUUUAUUAAAAUUAUUAUUUUAUAUGAAAUGAGAGAUUAAUUGAGUAUUGCUAAAUAUCACCACUGGUGAUUGUCACCUUACCAGAAUUAGAGUAUAAUUUCGGGUAGAAUUAAAAAUAUCAUGAAACUCCGCCCACUAAUAUU